UCUGCUCUGCCAAGGAAUCAGUAACCAUCUCCGGGAGCUUGGAACAAAAUGUCGCUGCACAUUCUGAGUCGUUUUAGUGCAAAUUAAUUCUUUUCAAAUGUGAAUAUUUCCAGCUUGCAACCAUCCAGCCGGCAACUACGACUACCACUACUAUAAGGGCUGCUCUUCCAAACUGUUGCUUUGUGCCACUAGUCUGCCAUUCAAGACAACAUGGCAGCUGCCAGUGACACCACAAAUCCAAUGGACGAGGGACUACAGGACCUUGGAGUGCCGGUGCCGGUGCAAACGUUCCUCUGGCAACAGAUAGCUCCGUUCAUCCGGCCAAAGCUAGGCAAAUCACAUGAAGCUAGCUGCAUGUAUUGUCAACAUGCACCUGGACAUCAUGAACUAAAAGAGGCCUGCAAGUCGUUCGAAAAGUCACUGGUGCAAAACAUGUUCUAUGGGCUGUCUCCAUCGCUUGAAUCCGCACUGAAAUCAAUUCCCCGAUGGAGACUGGUUCAGGCCGCUUUGCCUCACGUCAUGCACUGUGCCGGUGCGCUCAUGCAUAAUCGAGUUAAGGACUUACAACCGCUAGGAGCAGCCGAAACGAAAAUCCUUUAUACGCUUCAUUGGAUUUUACUAUUCGCAGCCGAGGAAUGUGCCGACGACGAUUUGGAAGCAAACAAGGAGGUCAAAAGCAAACAAAGCUAUCUAUUCUCUAUCCCAACUAUUUCGCUAUUCAUCUAUCUGUUUGCACCUAUCGCUCAUAUGUUGAAGGAAUCAGACUUUCAGAACAUUCGCCUUGAAAAUGGUUUGAAAAUGUGGCAAGGAAUGUGGGAAUAUCGUGCUCCAAAUGCACCAUGUUUUACAGCGCCCGUAAAACCCAAGGCUCGAAAUUUCCUAAACUCCGUGAGCACAACACCGUCGGUGGAAGUAUUUUCCCCAAAGAAACCCGAAACUAUGCACCAUGGCAUCGACUCUCCUCCCAGCAUCUCGUUUUCGGAAACUCUGAAGCACGAUGACGAGAUGUCGUAUAUUUCGUCACCGAAGGAUUCCGUGUUUCCCGAAACGAUCCCCGAGGAAGCAUCCAGUGUAGAGGAGGAGCGGGUUGUAAUUUUCCAACUACCCGUUGGUGGCAAUUUAGCAGACUCUUCAUUCUACACCGCCGAUGCUAGCCUUUUGCAUCAAUCUACCAGCCGAAAGGGAAGCAAACAGAUUCCCAUGGGUGGAAGAGAACGACCAGAUAAAAUAGCGACCAAAUUCGACUUUGACCGGAUUGAUACCUACAGUAGGGGAGGAGACGAUUCUAAACCUAAAACAAGCUCAUCGACUGAAAGAGAAUCACUGGACACGGAUCCCAAAUCACCCCAGUGUGCCAAAGGUGACAUUGCAGCUGCUACAUUUCUCGAUGUUGCAGUACUGCGAUGCUUGUUCAUAUCACACUGGCAGGAAGAUGGGGUGUACUGGAGUUUACACUAUCUGAAUAACAGACUACGAGAUAUCAGCGAAGAAACAUCGAUACCUCCUUUGCAGCCAAGACGACGUUCAAACUCACUGCCGAUCCCACAGAUAGAAAUUUCACUGUACCAAGGGCCAACCAGUAGCAACCGCGAUAGCCCCAGCAUGGGAUCGAUCAACAAAGAUUACAUAGAGGUACCAGAACCACCGAUCAGUUCACUGCUGAUCGAGUCACCCUAUCAUGACACAAAGCCGUCCAAUGACGAACAAAGUACACCAACUGCCGAACGAAAAGGUAGCGAGAAAAAACGACGCGUAAAAAUGGCCGACUUGAGAACACUUAUUGAAACCCGCAUUCUAUCAAAAUCCGACCGAGGUCUCGAAAAAAUUGGACUAGAUGUUGGCAAUGGAAAACGACUGCAACAUUUGGAUUCUCAUCGUAGCUUGGAUACAGGUGAAAGGCACCUAUCCCGUUCAUCGUCCAUGAUUUCCCGCUCUCCAUCAACGAAUCUCGUUAAAGGAAAAAGCAUGCCAAGCCUUAGCUGUCUUCUAGAUAGCGGAUUCCACAGGUAUGUUGAACCACCCAAGGUUAUAAGAAAUCCACAGCCACCGACCAAUCAACGUCCAGUGCAACCACCGUCACGGUAUCCAAUCAUCACAGUCACUGAGCAUACUCCAACUCCAUCACCCGAUUAUCUCAAACGUCAGGGAUCCAUUGACUCUCAACUUGACGCAUUGAGUAUCGGAGGCAGCACAGGAGUAUUCAAGAGUCAAAUGUUGAGAUCUCAGACGGAUUCACAUAUAGGUUACAAUAGUGGAGCUGAUGAAACCGAAGCACCAGGGUCGAGCUUCUACAUUACCAAGGAAGGAGGAAUCGAUUACGAAAUAGUCCUCCUAGCAGUGCAGUGUGUAUUCAAGCGUGAUUCAAACAUUUGCACUUUAAGAGUGCUUGAAACAGGUUUGAAUAUAUGUGAACUUUUGCUUGAUCUGGGUGUAUUGAAGCUAAGUGAACAUGCCCACACGCUGGCAAUGGGAAUAGUGAAGCGAGCUCUUUUGCAUCUAGGUUGUCCCCAUGGUUGCAAUGAUGGCAGCCGCGUGCCACCUGCUGAGGUGCUUCGAACCACUUGUCAUUCUAUUCUUUCGCGACUGUUACGCCAAGCCUCUAAACUGUCCAAAGCUUAUCUCCGUAAUAUGAUAAGAUCGACACAACUGCACGAGCUCAUCGAAUUCUUCCAUGCCUUCGUAGGGUUCUGUGUGGAUCCUAGCUCAUUGCUGUCACCACUCAACCAUAAGAGACCAUCUGCCAUAAAAACGCUGACUCCUGACUUUGGCGGUAUAUCAGGCGGACAGGGUGGAUACGCCACCAAUUUUGGAAGUGGCCUCAGCGGAGGUGCCGAAAGUCAAGUGAUUGCUGCCGUGUUCAAAACACUCGUCAGCCGCUUCGUUGAUGCCCUGAAGGAUCUAAAAGGACAGGAAAAUAUUGCUCUGUACUGCGACGUUCGCCAGUUGGUGACGUACGUAAAAGGAGCUCACGGAGGACCUUUCAGGCGCGUAGCUCUCAGUGGAAUAUUAGCAGUUACACCAAGACCGCACAAACAGGCCCCCAAUAUGCAGACUACGCGGGUUAUAAGACACAUUCCCGCCAACGACGUCCAAACCUAUCAGCAGGACGAGAAAACUCAACGCAAGGCACUAUUCAAGAAAAAAAGCACAUCCUCAACGUGUGCAUUCGUUCCACUAUUGUUGCAGAGCUUACUGGAAACGGAGGGCCUAGAAGAGCACUGCCGUGCAAGUCAAAGCCCUCUGAGUAAUUUUCGCCGCAAAGGGAUGCCAUCCAGACCCACGUUAACUCCACGACACAGUGAAAGAGCACUUCUUUCCGAUUCAACAUCCAGUUCAGAACGAAAUUCGGUAGGACGAAUUAGCGGUAUCGUUCGGUGGUUUCGUGGGUCAAAAGACCGUGAAUCCAUCGAUUUAGAAUCCGGCGCAAUGGGGGGCAGUGCUGAGAUAACGACUUCAUUCAUGAGGAAGGGAUCACUCACCUUUCAAGCGAGGACUCGCGCAACCGAAGGAAUUGGAAAAUCCAUUCAGAGAGCCCGGAGGCGUGUGGAACGUAGACUCGGAAGGUUCGGUCUUGGUAAGGGGAAGAAGAAGAUGGGAGGAACUGAAGACGUUUCAGGAGGCUAUUUUAGCCAUCGACCAUCAGUUGACAUGGCCGAAGGGCCUCGGGAAUCUGAGGUCGUAGUUUUGAAAGAAAGACGUCUGAUACCCAUAAAUGCAGUUCGUGAAGGAAUGGCAAGGUUUUCAUUUUUAUUAGAGACAUGUGCUCCCGGGUCAAUUCCCGACCCUCCACUGAUUGCCGCCCUCCUAGAUUUGCCUCAGGCUCCGAUCGUUGCACGUGCUGCAUUAUUGAUGGAAUGUGCUCAUUUUGUACAUUUGUGUAACCGGGGCCAGUGGCCUAGCUGGAUGAAACAAAAUAUCCCUUCGUUUAGACCAUCUGGGCCAGCUCUUGGCAACAGAGCAUCACUAGCAGCUGGUGCUCGACGCAUCCAUAUUCUGCAGAGAGCUGCUGGGAAAAUGUUUCAUCAGUGGGGAGAAGCAUUAGGAUUUCGCUUGGAUGAUAUGCUGAACAACGAAAAGAAAACCUAUGAUCAGGUUAAUGCCAGCCUAGCAGAUCCGGAAAAGCAAAAGCAAUUAUUGCAACAAGACGAAGAAGAAGAUUUCCUGGAUGAAUUGAGUGUAAACCCUCACGGAAAUGAUUGUCCACCAGCGUUGAAGCUAGUGGCAUGCAUUUUGCUCCUGGAAAUCACUGGAUUUCUCCGAGAAACAUACCAGACUUUGCCAAAAACUUCCAGACUUUCCACUAAGGAGAAGCAAGUUCCAUGGGAUAAAGUUUGUCGUGAAACCAAUCGUCGGUGGUCAAUGGCUUUGAGCUCGAUGGGACAUUCUCAAACUUCUGCCCAGAGUCUACAGUCGAUCGCAGGGCAAACAGAACGUAAAAUAUCAUUCGUCCUUCAAGAACCAGACAACGAAUCCGAAGGAAGCAGCAAUACUACUCUGACUAUACAAGGCGAGGAAGUAGUGCAGCAAGCCCAAAAGCGUUCCAUUACCACUACGAGAAACUUCCUCUUGAGACGUGGAACAUCCACAACACCUGCCGGUGGUUCCUUUAAACGAAGAUCAUUAAAGUUGCGGCGUGCACCAAAGGAUCUAAAGGAUAAUGACGAUUACCCUGUGAAACGUACCGAUUCGAUACAAUCGCGAAGAAAAGUGUCCUCACUGUCCGACCGUAGCGAUAACUCCGAACCGGGCCAAAUUAGUGGAGGCGAAGAAUCACCUGGAAUACUAAGUGAUGACCAACCACCGGAAUCGCCAUGUGAUUCAAACGACUCAGAUGAAACAGCCAAGAAUCUACCUUGGUUACGGUCGGUGAUAGCAUUUUUAAACUCAUUCAAUUAUUAUUGCGACCAUCAGAACUUCUGUCAUCCCUACUGCUAUCGAAGACAUAUGCGAGCAGCCACUAGGUUGGUAAAGGCUGUUCGAAAGGUAUAUGGAGAAGAAUUCGGAUUGCUGCCGAUGGCAUUUACCCACACCUCUGACUCUGGAAAGAGCGGCGCAAGACGGGAUCGCAAUAAACAUGGCCGCAAAGUAUCCGAUCAAAGUUCUUCGCAAACUUCGCCAUCUCGCAGAAAGGAUAGCAUCACCAAACGUGAUAGAAUAAUCCAAGAUGAUUCCGAACCCAACACUUCUCAAUAUUCACAGCGCGUUGACGAGGGCAAAAAGUCACAAGAAGCACCAUUGGUUAUGAAAUACAUCAAAAAUCACGUUCGUGAAAUGUUUCACGUACCUAUAGCUACACUUGUGAAGGGGGCUUCCGUUCUUACUGAAGAGCAAUUCGUUGAAGUUAUCCCCGUUGCGUGGGAGCUUUUGCUCGAAUCCAACCAGGAGGUUUCCGCUGCUUCGGCUGCUCUAUUUAUCCUGGCUUCGGUCAAAGCACCGACUACUGCAUCUGAGCUCAUGCAACGUGCAAUGAAGCAUAAAAAUCCUAACGUAAGAGUGGCCGCUAUGCUCAGAUAUCAAGUGCUCUGGAAAAAUCGAUUCCAGGUGUGGCCUCGCAUGGAAGAAGGUGCACAUUUGACAUUCAAAGUACCACCACCGGGUAUCGAAUUUACUCUCCCUUCGCCUAAAAUCGGAAUUGAAAGUCUGCCAGUAGUUGAUCCUCCAUGGAGUCCCCGUCAGCAAAACAAGGAUAUGGAGGUUACACUUAAUCAGGAAAGACAUCGAUCCCUGGUGACUGCAACGAAAACACGUAAAAAGCAACAAACAGAAGCUAUUCGUCAUGCUAUCCAGCAACAAGAAGACAAACAACGUUCGGAGCGACAAAGCUUCCUUAUAACCACCAUCCCUAUAACACAGCAGGCCGCAUACGAGCCAGGCCUCGAUCAUGGCCCUGGCGAAGAUCACAUGGAAGAGGAAGAAGAUGGCGCUCGAUCAGCGAUCCAUAUGCAUGCCGCCCAUUCUGUCUUCCCCUCGUGUUUGUGUUCUUCGGUAAUGCAAAUUGUGGCCUGUCUCGAUGAUGCCGCUGUGAAUGCAGAUGGCCAGGCCGUCUACGAGACGGCCUAUCAAGUCAUUUGGAUAUGUCUGGUGGAAGAUUCUGCUCUGUUUCUUCGCUAUGUGCUGGAACGACUGACCAGGGAUCAUCAGGAUCAAAUGUUCAAACUAUUGAGGCAUUUGAUCCGAUUCGUGCCAAGAUUGCCACAGCAAGCUGCUUUUGCGUUGUACAACUACAUCAUCGGAUAUGUCAUGUUCUAUGUUCGAUCGACACACGAGUGCAGCCAACAGUUGGUCGGAUCUGCUCUUUCCGUUCUGUGGAUGGUUGUUCACAGUGUACAUGGAAUCAUGUUCAAAGACUUGAAGCAAAUUCUACGUAAAGAACAAUGCGAUGCAUCUAUACUUCUAACAGCUAACGUACCAUCGGCAAAGAAGAUUGUCGUCCAUGGACCAGAAGACGAAGGCGGUAUUCCGUCCCAAUUUCCAGUACAAGAGGAUACUCAGUUUACACAGUUGCUCACGGAAUCACUGGAUUUCUUCGGUAUUGACGAAAAGAAAUUUAACCAAUUUGUACUAGUCGACUACAAGACCCAACAGAUAUUGAAUCCCGAUUGGUAUGUACGAGAUUGGUAUUUUUUCAAACGAUCCCAGUACCCUCAGCUUAGAUUGGUUGAGAUGAAGCCGGAAGAGGCUUUCAAUGCACUACAAAAGCAAGAACUGUACAAAAAGUUUGUAGAAAUAGGAAAGGUGCACCUAACUUGGGCGAUCCUGAAGAAUGUGGAUAUGGUCGUACAACGUGUAGUGUUUCUACAUGAAGAGCUCAUGAAGUUACCGUCAUUCCCGAGAAAGGCUCUGGAGGUCGACCUUGACUUGCACCAGGGCGGGGAAUUUGGUAAGGAGCUGCUUGGCUUAGAUGUGUUGCACAAGUUCAUGUGGGUGCGACUGAUUGCAAGAAUGUUCGAAGCAAUGGCCGGAAACUUCGCCUACUCUGCGGACAUCCAGCUGUUCUUGAAUGUACUUUCCGGAGCAGCCCUACUACACUCCGAGGACUCGUGUAUAAUGCGUUAUGUUACAGCAACCUUCAUCAAUGCAGCUUUCAACUUCAAGAACAUCUUCUCGACAAACGGAUACUUCAUGAUUAUGCCCACUUUGCUGCAGGUAUAUUCACUGCACCAAACGAACAAACUAGUCACAACUACUAUUGAAUAUGCAGUUAAGCAGUUUUACCUGCUGAACAGAAAACCAUUUAUUCUUCAAAUGUUCGGAUCGGUAUCGGCCAUUCUCGAUACUGACGAGGACGGUGCCUAUGGUGAAGCGCAUAAGGUGCAAUCCAGCUGCCUGUUCAAUUUGUUGCUAAGUUUGGAAACGCCUUCUCCCGAUCCGCUGAAUAUUGCCGAAUUGGUCAAGGAGUCUAAACCAUUGAAAGCAAUUGACUUCUGCUACCAUGAUGAAGACGAAAUGGUAACGGUUUUGGAUUGCAUCACCCUGUGUGUCAUGGUUGUGUCGUACUCCGCUGAGAGCACUCGAGGCUAUCAGAUGUUGAUUAUUUUGGAAGCCAUCUUACCGUGCUACAUGCAACAGAUUCAAUCACCAAGUUAUGUUCCACUCGAAGGAAAGUGUGAACGGGACAUCAUACUACAGUUAGCCGUAGCCAUUCGUACUAUGGUGCAUAACUGCGAAGGACUUUCAAAGAGCUACAAUGGCCCCUUCCGCAACAGCCCGGAACACAAGGGUUCCAGUCAGAGAAACUGUUCACGUGGUCCACCUUGCUCACCCGGUCUGGACUUUGAAGAAGAAUCUCACUCCAAGUACGUCAGUGACGUAAGCCGAACCAAAAUUUUGAACGAAUCCGUCGAGGACUCGGAGACCAUUCGAGCAGAAUACCGUCGACCUCGUGAUGUGUUACUUUCAGUGGUUGGUGAGUUCAUAACUCGUUCCUCUACCCGGUUGAACGAGCUUUCACGCAAGCAAGGAGAAAGCAAAGCCGUUGAGCUGCUGGAUGUCAAAUGUCACGUGCGUUUGGCUGAAAUUGCCCAUUCCCUGCUCAAAGUUUCUCCAUACGAUCCCGAAUCGAUGGCCUGCCGAGGACUGCAGCGUUACAUGCUGUGCAUUUUUCCACGAGCCGAAUGGGCAGAUGAUCAUGGAAUGAAGCCAACUCUGGUCACCAUUCUGCGUCGUUUAGAUAAGGUAUUUUUGAAGAUAUCCAAGAAAACUUCAGUAAGGCGCAAUACCGACUGGGAGGCAGCAGCCGGUUUAUUAAAAGGAGUCUACGAAUCGAUAGUUCGCUAUCCACACGUGCUGCACUGGCGUGAGAUGAAGUCACUGUUAACAACUAUUCAAAAUCUCAUCGUUAAUGAACCAGGAAACUUCCCGGAGGGUGUGUCAAGCGCCGGAGCAGCUCUCAUGUCCAAGAGUCCUCCACCGUUCUUUUGCUCUCAAGUAGUGCGUCUAGUAGCACUUCAGGUGGUAAGCCCGGUUGAUUCCGUUACGCUCGGUUUAGAACAAAUCUGUGGAGGAAGCGCAGAAUUUCCUACUCAAGAAAAAGCCGAAGGAUUUUUGAUGCACCUUCUGAUGCCGCUGUGUCUUAAAGUGUGCAGUGGACGCAGCAUUUCCGAGAUUGGUGAGCUGAAACAGUCGGAUAUAUCUUUCUUGGUUACAGCAGUUCUCAACGCAAUGAGUCCCGUUGCCGGUAGGACUGCUCAGAUCGGUUCUCAAAGCAAUCGAACUGGAGCGGAUAUUCGAGCAGGCUCGUUAACUUUCACCGGAAGUCGUGAUGCGAAACGACCGGCAAAAAUUUCCAAUUCUCUUUACCAAGCAACAUUUUUGGCACUACGCGUUCUAUGUAUUUGCUUUGAAUCGCGACUGUCAAAUGAAUGGCCUCGAAUCGUAAGGGUAAUGCGCGAUUUGGGCAGGCGCAAUGAAGCAGCUCCCGAAUUAUGGAGUUUCUUAGAGUUUGUUGUUACUCAAAGAACUCCACUGUACAUAGUUCUGAUGCCAUUCAUACUACAUAAGAUUUCGCAACCACCUAUCGGAGACCACGAAAGGCACAUGCAAUUCUUGAUUCGAGAACGUAUGAGAGGGAUGCCAUCACCUGGGGGAGUGAAAUCUAGAGGAGCUAUCCUGCUGGAAUUAGCGCGUGAAAUCAGAGAUUUGCGAGAAGAGUUGGAAGAAAAGCGUUAUGAUCGGGAUCCUACACCCCAGGAAGCACCACGGCGUGAGGUUUCCAAUGUUCCUAUUCCUCAAGAGCCUCCGAAGCACCAACAACGACCGUCACUUAUUUCCAUGUUUACGGGAGGGCAACAAGCGCCAAGUUUCUCUUCAUUUCAGCAGGACUCCCGAAGUGGUACCGGUGUCUGUACUCCUAGUGAUACACUUUCACAACAUACACUGCACGCACCCAGAGGUGAAUCGUUGUCCAGCUCCACAACUACCACCAAUAAGGACAUUAUGAUGGCCGACAAUCAGAGCGGUGACGGUAUCACCCUGACACCCGGAAUUGUGCCCGAUGGAUCCGUUAUCCGUCAGGGUCCUUUAUCGAGCAUAUUGGCAGAAGGAGGCGUAGUUCCAUCGCUCACUCAUUCAAUAUCUAUGCAGCCAUCCAGCAAGGUUCAACCUCCAAAGUUACGGUUCGUUUCUUCCGUGGAAUUCAAAACAUCAUCUGGUGAAACAUCCACAACACCACUAUCACCGGACAGUUUGGCAGAUGAAAGUUCCGGUGAGAAUCAAAAACAUCGUUUGCAACGUUCGCGAGCUCAAAGUCGUAAGACAUUCCGUUGUCGCAGAGGAACAACUCGUGGUAACAAUCAUGGCAGCGAACCACAUCAACCACCACCGGUGUCCUCUGUGGUUGGUAGCCACCUUCCGCACACUGUUCCAAGUGAGUCACCAGAGAUCAUCAACAAAAACAUAACAGCAAUCGGAGAUCUAUCCUGGGAUUCCGUCUCGCAAACGUCGUCCACUUCAGGCUACCGUGACAACUAUAGUCUGCAAACAGGACUACUCUCACCAGACGGUUCCCUUACCGGAACCGGACUCGGAGGCCGUUCGUCCUCACAGCACUCGUUGCUGAUGCUCUUCGAAACGCAGGACGAAGAUACGUUGAUUUAAAAUUUUAUAUGCAUAUUACAAGCGUUGAAUGUGUUUUUAAACGAUUUUAAUGCCAGUUUUAACCCAUAUAACAAGUACCGUUAGUUGUUAUCGUAGUAACAAAAUAUUGUAGCUUAAAAAUAUAUGUGAACUUCAACAAAAGAAGAUAGACAAUUUACAUUAAACAAUACACAUAUAGGUAAUUAAUGUCGUUGAACGCUUUCCAUGUGUGAUACAGAAGAUAAUUUAAGGCAUUUAAGUUAACACGAAAGAAACAUGUUUUAACAGCAACUGAACAGAAACGAAUAAUUAUUUUAAAUGAAGUUAUUUUAACGGAAACUGAUCAACAAACACAGAAGAAUACAUACGUUUUCCAGUCUUAUGAGUAAAAGUUAAAGUAUAGCGCACAAACACAGAUGUGUAGUCGAAACAAAUCAGUAUUUGAUAUAGGACACAAACCCCGCAAAAUGAUUGCCAAAUAAGCGUGAACAAAGUAUAAAACGAUUCAAUCAAGUUAAGCAGACUAUAAUUUGAAGAUAAAAAAAAAACACAAAAAC